GUUGUAAAAAAAAUAAAAAGUGUCUGUAUUGUUAUUUGUUUAUAAUAAUUUGUGUUAAAAUCAAAACACAUUAACAAGUUUUGUUUUAAUUUAAUAGUUUAUUAGUAAUAUAAGUAAAUCAUAACUAUGCUAAAAACAUUAAAUUUGCCACGAUUCAAACAAAAUGUUUUAUGUAAAUCAUGCAGCAUAAUCAUUACACGAGACUAUAACUCCAGGCAGAGUUUGUUUACUUUUGGUAAUAUUACCAACAAAAAUCGUGGCUAUUAUAAGAAGGAACUAAUUGGCUAUUCAAUGGAUGAAAUGUACUCCGUAGUCUCCGAUGUUAAAAACUAUUAUAAAUUCGUGCCAUAUGUGAAAAAAUCCCAUGUCCAUAGUGAACAUUCGAAUGGUUUUAAAGCGGAUCUUAUUGUAGGCUUUCCACCACUUAACGAAAUCUAUACUUCAAAUGUAACAUUAAAAUAUCCCAAUUUAGUAACGUCCGAAUGCAAAGAUGGACGUCUUUUUAAUUACUUACUAAACGAAUGGCGUUUUAGUCCUGGUCUAAAAGAUAUACCACAAUCUUGUGUAUUGGAUUUUAAAGUUUCAUUCGAAUUUAAAUCUUUACUGCAUAGCAAUAUAGCAAAUUUAUUCUUUGAUUUAAUAUGUGAUCAAAUGGAAAAUGCUUUUAUAACAGAGGCUAAAAAACGUUUUGGAGAUGCUUCAAUUAAAUCACACAUUUUAACUUCAAGACGAUCCUGACCUUAAAAGAAUUUUGUUAGUUUUAAAAGUUUAGUUUGAAUAGAAGUAUUCACUAACAAUUUUUUUUAUUAAUUAAGAAUUAAAGAAUUAAAAUAAUUUGUUUAUUACUGUA